UUUCAUGGUUAUUUUUUCAAAGACAGGCAUCGAAUGACUACUUGUGAAGCUGAAAUUGAUCGAUUAUUCGCUGAUAUUCGUGAUGCUGCUCUGAAUGGAAUUUGGAUGGAGAAAAAUGUUACCAGUUCACCAAAUUGGUCUUUUGGUCAAGCAUUCUUCUUUGCCGGUACGCUUAUCAGCACCGUGGGCUAUGGGAGAGUGUCACCAAGAACAGAGCAUGGAAAGCUUUUCACUAUCGUCUAUUGCAUGAUCGGAAUUCCCCUUACCCUGGCGCUUCUCUCAGCUAUUGUAGCUCGUCUCAAAAAGCCGUCCCAGAUUCUGCGAGGAUUUCUAAAUAAACGAUUAGCUCAUAUCUUCCAUGAAGGCCAUAUUCAAAUGUUUCACUUGGCGACUGUUUGCCUGCUUCUUCUGGUCUUCGUCUUCCUUAUACCUGCCUGGAUCUUUGCAAAUAUUGAACCAGAUUGGACAUAUCUCGAUGCCUUCUACUACUGUUUCGUCUCUUUGACGACAAUCGGUUUAGGCGACUACGAACCAGGUGACAGUCCUGACCAGGAGUACAGAGGUGUCUACAAAGUUAUUGCCACCGUGUAUUUACUGGUCGGUUUAUGUUGUAUGAUGCUGUUUCUUGCUACGCUGUACGAGAUGCCACAAUUCGAUUUGACACGCUUCUUCUUGAAGACAGAAGAGGAGGCGAGAAUGGUUGACGAGGUUCUGCAAUCGUUCGAAAAUGGAUUCUAUCAAACGCAAUAG